CUGUUAUGUUAAGAAGCCAGUUUGUGGCCUCGUGCAGGUGGCGGUUCCUGCGACAAGUAGUAGCGCACGGUUUUCACGUUGGAAACUCGGAAUGCUGAUGCACAUGGGACAUGGGUGGGUUUCACCUUUCUCCUUUAACUGAGAGAGAGAAUCCGGAAAGUGAUCCAAGAUGCUGAAGCUCCUUUCGUUUUCCCCCUGUUUUAUGAUGUGCGCUUUGUUGUUGAAUUGUGAAUGAAGAAUUAAUUGCUACUAUUUGAGACUAUUAUUUCUACCGUUAUAAGGUAGUUGGGUCAUUAGGUAAGUGGAAUCCCUCCCCCACAAAACCAGUGCUUGGGAAUCGGUGAAAGGCCUGGGCAUCUUAAAUUCUUGGUGGUCAAUUGCGCGGGCUGUAAAUCGAGGAUAGAGGAAAAGAAACCCGCUUCGCCUGUGCACAAUUAAUGGUAAGCAUGUCGAUACCAAAGGAGCCCGAGCAAGUAAUAAAACAAAGAGAUGGAUCCGUGCUCGGUAAGAAAACCAUUCUCAAGAGCGACCAUUUUCCUGGCUGCCACAACAAACGCUUGGUUCCCCAUAUUGACGGUGCCCCCAAUUACCGCAAGGCAAAUUCAUUGCCUGUUCAUGGUGUUGCUAUUCCAACUAUUGAUGGCAUCCGAAAUGUUCUCAAGCACAUUGGAGCUCACAUGAAUGGGGAGCAAAUUCGUGUACUUUGGAUAAACCUUCGUGAGGAACCGGUGGUUUACAUUAACAGUCGACCUUUUGUUCUGCGCGAUGUGGAGCAGCCCUUUUCUAAUCUUGAAUAUACGGGUAUUAACAGGGCUAGAUUAGAGCAAAUGGAAGAUAGACUGAAAGAAGAUGUCCUCAUGGAAGCUGCGAGAUAUGGAAAUAAAAUCCUUGUGACUGAUGAACUGCCAGAUGGUCAGAUGGUGGAUCAGUGGGAACCAGUUUCACAUGACUCCGUGAAAACACCACUACAGGUGUAUGAGGAAUUGACACAUCAGUACCUUGUUGACUAUGAACGUGUUCCUAUAACGGAUGAGAAGUCUCCUAAAGAGCAGGAUUUUGAUAUUCUGGUUCGUAAAAUUUCUCAAGCAAAUGUAAGGACAGAGAUUGUGUUUAAUUGCCAAAUGGGGCGUGGAAGAACAACUACAGGGAUGGUGAUUGCUACACUCAUUUAUAUUAACCGAAUUGGAGCUUCAGGUAUUCCACGAAGCAAUUCCAUGGGAAAAGUUUCUGAUUGCUGUUCUACUAUUACUCCCGAUUUACCAAAUACAGAGGAAUCUAUCCGUCGGGGAGAAUAUGCAGUCAUUAGAAGCCUUAUUAGAGUUCUAGAGGGUGGUGUUGAAGGCAAAAGACAGGUUGAUAAAGUCAUUGACAAAUGUGCCUCUAUGCAGAAUCUACGUGAAGCUAUUGCUUGUUAUCGAAGUAGUAUUUUGUGUCAAGCUGAUGAAAUGAAGAGGGAAGCAUCUCUUUCCUUUUUUGUGGAGUACUUGGAGAGAUAUUAUUUCCUUAUUUGCUUUGCAGUAUAUCUCCAUACAGAAAGAGAAGCUCUUCAUCCUAUAUCUCCUGGUAAAUGCAGUUUCACUGAGUGGAUGAGAGCUAGACCAGAGCUAUAUAGCAUACUGCGCAGAUUGCUGAGGAGAGACCCGAUGGGGGCGCUUGGUUAUGCCAAUCUGAAACCAGCUCUAGCAAAGAGUGCUGUAUCCGCUGAUGGUCGCCCUUUAGAGAUGAGUCAAGUUGCUGCUUUAAGGAAUGGAGAGGUUCUUGGUAGUCAAACAGUUCUUAAAAGUGACCACUGUCCUGGUUGUCAACAUCCUUCUUUACCAGAAAGACUGGAGGGUGCUCCUAACUUCCGUGAAAUUCCUGGAUUUCCAGUUUAUGGUGUUGCUAAUCCAACUAUUGAUGGAAUUCGUUCAGUCAUUCAAAGGAUUGGAAGCUCUAAAGGUGGCCGUCCAGUAUUCUGGCACAAUAUGAGAGAAGAACCUGUUGUUUACAUCAAUGGAAAACCAUUUGUUCUUCGUGAAGUUGAAAGGCCGUACAAAAAUAUGCUGGAAUACACGGGGAUUGAUUGUGAAAGAGUUGAGCGCAUGGAAGCUAGGCUGAAAGAUGAUAUUUUGCGAGAAGCUGAACGUUAUCAAGGUGCUAUAAUGGUUAUCCAUGAAACUGAUGAUGGACAAAUAUCGGAUGCUUGGGAACAUGUGAGCCUGCCAGCUGUUCAGACCCCUAGGGAGGUAUUUAGGUGCUUUGAAGAAGAUGGUUUCCCCAUCAAAUAUGCUCGUGUUCCAAUAACUGAUGGAAAAGCUCCCAAGGGUUCUGAUUUUGACACAUUGGCCAUGAAUAUUAUAUCUGCUUCCAAGGACACAGCUUUUGUUUUUAACUGCCAGAUGGGGAUUGGAAGGACAACAACAGGUACUGUUAUCGCUUGUCUUCUGAAACUCCGAAUCGACUAUGGGAGGCCUAUUAGAGUGUGUGUUGGUGACCCAUCACACAAAGAGCUGGGCUGUCACAGUGACAAUGAAAGUGAAAAUCAGCUUUCUUCAUCGAUGUGUAUUUCUGGAAAACAUAGGACCACAGAAGAUUCAGGUCGUUCAUUUGGGAUUAAUGACAUCUUAUUGCUGUGGAAGAUUACAAGAUUAUUUGAAUUCUAUAAUAGAUCGAUGUUCGGCAUUGCAGAAUAUACGCCAAGCUGUCUUGCAAUACAGACAGCUCUUUAAUCAGCAGCAUGUAGAGCCUAGAGAAAGGAGAGUAGCUUUAAACCGUGGUGCUGAGUAUUUGGAGCGUUAUUUCCGUUUAAUUGCUUUUGCAGCAUAUCUGGGAAGCGAAGAGUUUGACGGAUUUUGCGGACAGGGAAAGUCCAGAAUGACCUUUAAGAGUUGGUUACACCAGAGACCAGAGGUUCAAGCAAUGAAAUGGUCCAUCAGACUGAGGCCUGGCCGAUUCUUUACUGUCCCUGAGGAACUGAGAGCUCCACAUGAAUCUCAACAUGGAGAUGCUGUUAUGGAGGCAAUUGUGAAGGACCGUAAUGGUUCAGUUUUGGGGAAAGGUUCUAUUCUUAAGAUGUAUUUCUUUCCUGGUCAAAGAACUUCUAGCAACAUACAAAUUCAUGGCGCACCACAUGUCUACAAGGUUGAUGGAUACCCCGUGUAUAGCAUGGCAACCCCCACAAUUGCAGGUGCAAAAGAGAUGUUAGCCUAUUUAGGUGCCAAGCCCACAGCAGAAGGAAGUGAUCCUCAGAAAGUAGUUUUAACAGAUCUCCGGGAAGAGGCUGUUGUUUAUAUCAACAACACGCCUUUUGUUCUUAGGGAACUCAAUAAGCCUGUUGAUACUCUGAAGCACAUAGGAAUCACUGGUCCUGUGGUGGAACACAUGGAGGCACGUUUGAAAGAAGAUAUAAUUUCAGAGAUUAGACAAUCUGGUGGUAGAAUGCUUUUACACCGUGAAGAAUAUAAUCCUGCAUUACAACAGGCUAGUGUCGUAGGGUACUGGGAGAAUAUCUUUGUAGAUGAUAUUAAGACUCCUGCAGAGGUGUAUGCAGCUCUGAAGCAUGAAGGCUACAAUAUAGCAUAUAAGAGGACCCCGUUAACUAGAGAGAGAGAAGCCCUAGCUUCAGAUGUUGAUUCAAUCCAAUACUGUAAGGAGGACUCUGCAGGAUCUUAUCUUUUUGUAUCACACACAGGAUUCGGAGGGGUUGCUUAUGCUAUGGCUAUAAUUUGUAUAAAACUUGAAGCAGAGGCAGCAUUAACUUCACGUGUCUCACGAUAUAUUGCAAGUCCAUGUUCGUCUAAUUCGCAGGAAGAAUUUUCCAAUUCUGAUGAGGAAGCACGCAAAAUGGGGGAUUACAGGGACAUACUAAGCCUAAUUAGAGUUCUUGUUCAAGGUCCUGAGAGCAAAGCAGAUGUUGACUCGGUUAUAGAUAAGUGUUCUGGGGCUGGACAUUUGAGAGAUGACAUUCUAUACUACAGCAAGGAACUUGAAAAGCUGUCUAAUGAUAGCGAUGAACACCGAGCAUACCUUGUGGAUAUGGGCAUUAAGGCUUUAAGGCGAUACUUCUUCCUGAUAGCAUUUAGAUCCUAUCUGUACAGCACUUCAGCAAAUGAGAUGAAAUUCACUGCUUGGAUGGAUGCAAGGCCUGAACUCGGCCAUCUUUGUAAUAACCUUAGAAUCGACAGGUGACUGGAUAAAAUGUAGAACCAAUGUGAUGUACAGGUGUCAAUCUUUCAUCUUCAAUAAGUAAUGAGAAAUCGAGAAAUGAACAAUGCAUCUACUGAAAUGAAAGUGGUCUAACAUGACCUGGUGUACUGUACUGGUUCAUUUGAAGAUUCCGUGUUCAGGAAUCUGACUUAGUGAGAUUUGGUAUCAGGGUAUGGAAGAUUUAUUAUUCUUGAUGCGUCUUGUAAAAUAUAAACAUCAAUGCCUGUUUUGUGCCUGGAUACCGACACAAAGACUAAAUGACCCUGCCCCUUUUUUCGGAGCAUGAAAUGCAAUUAAGUGAAUAAUGUUUAUUA